UUAGUCUCGCCUCCGGCGACUGCUUUGACCUUCUCCCUGCAAAGGGCGAUCCUUUUCUCCCGGGCGGCCGUUUCGGCAGCGUCCAUUAGCCGCGACGUGGGCUCUCGACUGUCGGAUUCGCCAGAGUGAAUCACGUAAAUUUGGGGCUCGCUUGGUUCGUAUCCCGCGCUCAAAUCAUCGGUCGACGAUGAAAAGUGUGAUCUAUGAUGAUUCUGGAAACCUCCAAAGAAGUAUGAGUUCAGUGAUGUAUGAGGCCAUUGGUUCUGAAGAGAGUUCAUUCUCUGAAGAGCAAAGGGCAAAGAUAAAUGAAGUGAGGGCAUCCUUAGGAAAAUUGCCAGACAAGUUAUUUCUUUAUUCUUCCGAUGCAUCGCUUGCAAGAUAUUUAACAGCAAGGAACUGGAAUGUGAAGAAGACAACUAAAAUGCUGAAUGACACUUUGAAAUGGCGGCUUGAAUACAAGCCAGAAGAAAUUCGUUGGGAUGAAGUGGCCCAUGAAGCUGAGACAGGAAAAAUUUACCGAUCAAGUUACUCAGACAAGUAUGGGAGAAGCAUUCUUGUAAUGAGACCCGGUUGCCAGAACACAAAAUCGACCAAGGGUCAAAUUAGAUACUUGGUAUACUGUAUGGAGAAUGCAAUUCUAAAUCUGCCACCUGAUCAGGAACAGAUGGUUUGGGUCAUCGAUUUCCAGGAGUUCAACUUGUCAAAUAUAUCAUUAAAGGUCACAAAAGAAACAGCUGAUGUCUUGCAAAACCAUUAUCCAGAAAGACUAGCCUUAGCAAUACUCUACAAUCCCCCAAAGUUCUUUGAGCCUUUUUGGAUGAUGGCGAAACCCUUUCUGGAGCCAAAGACCUACAAAAAAGUUAAAUUUGUGUACUCCGAUGACAAUGGCACCAAGAAGAUCAUGGAGGACCUUUUCAAUGUGGAUGAACUUGAUUGUGCAUUUGGGGGUAACAACCAAGUCAGUUUUAACAUCGAUGAUUAUGCUGCCAGGAUGAGAGAAGACGACAAGCGGAUGCCUUUGUUGUGGAAACGAUCAAAUUCUUCAUCGUCCGACAAACAGUUGCCGGCGACCACACCUGAUGUUAGUCUUGGUAAGUCAGCAUCAGACUCGGAUGAACCUGAGAAAGAAAUUGAUGGCCAGGUCAGAAAUAACUGAGAUGAUAACUUUCCCUGAGGAAGGCGUAGCAGAUCGGAAUGGGUGCAUUCCAUGAAAAUAUUAGCAAAGGAAGAUAUUGAUGGUGUAUGAAUAGAUGAUUUGAGUUGUUGAUAUUGGCACUGUAAGCUACUAUGUCAGUUGUGAAUAAUACUACUGCAAACUUCAAAUCAGCUUAAAAGUUCUUAUGAAAAAA